AUGAUAAUCGAUUGCCUUGUCGAGCAUCCAGACCCCACGAAAGAGCCUCAUUACAACCUCGACCAUGACGGAAUCGGCUCUGGCCCAAUCAAAAUAAGGCCCCAUCUAGCGCUCAAGGAUACCUGUCAACGACACAACCAUCGUCUUGAUUAUAGCGCUAAAAUCCCCGAAAAUCCGCUUGACGCUUCAUGGCAGGAAGGUCUGCCAACCAACCCACUAUUACCCCUCACUUUGGUCAGCCGCACAUUUCGACAAUGUGCCCAGGAAACGCUCUUCAACAGCGUAGUUUUAGGCACUCAGUGGCAAGCCCUGUUAUUCCUUCGAGCACUUCGCACACCCGCGCAGGCCGAAUCUAACCUCUCGGGUACCGGCAUAGACCCAUCAACCGCAAUCAAUCAUCCCUCAAAACCACUGGCCCAACUUGUUCGCUCGUUACAGUUCCGAUGGCGUGGUCCAGCUUCGAUGGGAAAGGGAGGUGGCUCUGUGAUCUGCGAUAUCAUCCGGAGCUGUCCGUCACUCGAAAACGUCGCUAUCGGUAUUACGCUCUUGAAACCGUGCCAAGAACCCUUAUUGGAGGCCCUGGCAGGUCGAACAUUUCUUAAUGAAUUCCUCGUCCUGAGGAACCCUUAUCGUCAUGGCGAGGUCCAUCUUCAAUGGAAGGCUGAUGAAAUGCUUGCUCGAUUAUGCUCUGGAUGGAAACACCUCGAGACGAUUGAGCUCCAUAAACUCGCUGGUCAGUCGGACGAAAUGAUUCAGCACCUUCAGAAAACAAUACCCAUCCUCCCCGGCGCCCUGAAAACGAUAAUCCUGGAAAGGCCUAAUUUAGACGACAGGGAAAUCUCUUGGCUUUUGGCAAGCUCUCUCGAGAGUAUGCAAACACUUAAGAUUAUCGAGCCAACUAAGAAGCUUACCCGACCGGGCUUAUGCCGAAUCCUGAAAGAGUGUACCGGCCCAAAUUUGGAAAUUCUGACGAUCCGAGUUGCUACGGAAUGGGAGAUGAUUUUCCCCGACGAGUACUCCGAACGUUCGGAUGAUCCAGCCACAAACCGGGGCUUGCUUGAUGUCGUCUUCAAAACUUCUUCCGCCUUGAGGAAACUCAAGUCUUUGUCUUUCGACUGGGAUGAUCAUGACAUGGAUUGUACUGCGGUCCUGGAGGCACUCUCGAAUUCGCAAGAGAACACGUCCGAGUCGCAUGUCCAAUGCUUGCCCAAUUUAAAAUGUUGCUCAAUCCGCAGUUUUUAUAGUUGGCCCAAGAAAGCUCGAGAAGUGAUUAAGACAGCCAUGGAAGCACGAGGGGUGUGUCUUCACGUUGAAGGCGGAAAAGACUUUCUCAAGAAUGAACGUGGCUACCAGCGCGGCGGCUCCGCUGUCCCGCAAAGUUUGAGUGACUCAGAAGAGUAUCCAGAUUCCGCCUACCCCAAUGACUUGGUCAUGUCAAUUUUUAACCAGCUAAAUUAUCAGUAUGAGUACUACUGA